GUCGAGGUGAUGCACCAAUCGUUUUACAACGGUUUGACCUUCAAGUGCCCACAUCUUUAAUAAUGGACAAGACUGUAGCGAAACUAAUAAGAAAGCACUGGCUAAUGUAACAUGUCGAAUAAUUCUCAUUCUUUGAGGAUGAAUAAUACACAUUUCUCAGAAUCUGAUAACCCAACAAACUGAACUUCUGACAAAACUACAUUAUCCGUCAUCUGUUUUCUGAUCACGAAACAAAUUUCUGUGUAUAUAAUCAGUCAACAUAAUAGAAAUUAUACCUGUGGCGCUAAAAACAAUUUCCAAUGUGUAUUCCUCAUUACUUGAUUGUCGGUGGUGGCUUGUCCGGUUUAGUUACUUCUUACCUCAUCUCGUUAACCCGACCAUUGGGGAGUUACCGUCUAACAGUUUUGGAGAGUAGCAGUAGGUGGGGUGGUUGGAUUCAAUCAGUUAAAAAUAUGGAUACUGGAUCAAUCUAUGAAAUUGGUCCACAUAGCGCUCGUGCAAAAUCUGCCACAUCAGGUCUUUUGAUGAGAAUAGUGAAAAGUUUGCAUCUCGAAAACUCACUUGUAUGGAUGAGACAGGGUACAGAUGAAGCGAAACGAUUAAUCUAUAUAAAUGGCCAACUGUUGCCACUGUCUGCGUUCAAUUUUUCCACUUUAAAACCAUUCACUAGGUCCAACUGUAGUUUAAUCAUCAGGCGGUUAUUUUCUCGACGCCCACCAUCUCAGUCAGACUGGACUGUUGAUGAAUUCCUUCGCUCUCGUUUUGAUUCCGAAUUCGCUGACUACUUUGGCAGUGCUCUGAUGAGAGGUAUCUUUGCUGGUGAUUCACGAAACCUUAGUGCUCGUGCUUGUUUGCCUACGAUGGUGAAGUCGGAAGAAUAUGGACCGAAUCUUAUUCUCGGGAUUCUACUUUCAUCGAUAAACCGAUCUUUAGAUCGUAUCGUUAUACCAAAUAUGAUUGACGACAAACUCCCGCAACUGAAUAACUUGAUUCCAUCUGAUGCGAUUGCCUGGACUUUAUCAGGUGGAUUGGAGACACUGAUUAACACUAUUGUAGAUCAUUUAAGUAGGAAACAUCCACACAUCGAUUUGAAGUUAAACUCUUCCGUUGAAAAAUUAAAAUCUCUAAAUGGCUGCUUUGAGUAUACAUACAAGGUCAUCGGUGAUAAUGGUAACGACAAAGAAAAAAAUACAGCCGAUAUAGUCUUUUUUUGCUGCCCAUCCUUCAUUACAGCAAGCAUUUUGGAAAACAUACUGACUACUGAAACUCUAAGCUAUCUGAAACCCGACUCUAUUCCAUGGGGAAGCAUUGUCAGCGCUGUCUUAGAAAUAGAUGACUCCUUUACUCCCUUAGUACGUGGGUUUGGGCACUUAGUACCGCGUACGGAAGAUGAACAUAUUUUGGGUGUAGUAUACGAUUCCUUUGCGUUCCCGAAAUUGGAUGGAUUUAAUAAAAAUUUACGAUAUACAGUAAUGAUGAAACCAUUUCGUGAAUGGCUCGAAGCCUCCACAAGUUUAGGUUCCUCGGAACACCUGAAAAACACCAUUGAAGAAGUUGCGAAAACCGUCCUUAUAAACCAUCUUAAAAUACCGGCUCCGGUCAUUGUUGGUCGUCAUAUUAGUAUUCUCCGUAACUGUAUUCCCCAGUAUCCUCCAGGUCAUUUAACUAAUAUGGCUAAUUUGCGCAACGGCAUUCGGCGAAUUUCGAAUGGCCAUAGUUCUGGCCGAAGUGGUAUAUAUCUUGUUGGUAAUUCGUACGAUGGCGUUGGGUUGAAUCAUGUUGUCUAUAGCGCUGCAUGUGCAGUCGCAGAAGAGUUCAGUUCAUCUUCAUGAAAAUAGUUUUUUAAAACCACUGUUCACAAACCAACUUAUGUACAAUACUCUGCUUAUUAAUAGCACUAACGUAUGAAGAUGUCUGCUAGAAGAUUAUGGAUGUAAAAUAAACCAUAUACAUUUUGAAAAAACCUGUUUUUGGUUUUUGUAUUAAAGUUACUACAUUUUCAUCCUUUUCUUCAGCACAUAACAGGAUCUUGCAAAUUUGUAGUUUAUCAUUGGAAUGCUUAUCAUAUUGUGCAAAUAUAUCCCCACUAAGUGUU